AUGACGGCUGAGAAUCAAGGCUCUGGGCGCCAGGCCAACAAUGCGCAAGAUCUAGCUCAGGCAUUUCAAGAAUUGGCAAAAGGCGAGAGGGCAGCAUCUGCGCUAGAAAACCAUCUCUCAUCUAUUGAGAAGAAGAUUGACGAGUUACUCGCCGGUAUGGAUCCUGAUCACCUCCAAGCAUGGGAGGCAAGGGAAGCCGCAAAUGCAGAUGCGAGCUCAAGCGGCAACGGGAACCCCGCUCAAGGUCGUUCCGAGAAGCAAGAAGAAGCUGGAUCGAAAUCAAGAUAA